AUGGCCAGUGACGAUUAUCCAAUAUGGCGGACUGGCCAGUCAAAGACAAAGCCUCUACAAAGUGAAUUUCACAAAGUUGAAAAGCGAGCUGCUGUACAGGAUAUCCUUAAUAAAAGACAACACACGCUCGAUAAGAUAAGGGCUGAAAUAAAUGCAGUCACUCAAGCCCCAUGCAUUCCUCAGAAUCCAGUAGAUUCCUCCAAGAAACCCAAACCUCCUACCCCUCAAACGGAAAAGAACAAAGGAGAAGACGACUACCCCGCAGAAGGAGAUUAUGAAGAAGGAGACUAUGGAGAAGGAGAUUAUGAAGAAGGAGAUUAUGAAGAAGGAGAUUAUGAAGAAGGAGACUAUGAAGAAGGAGAUUAUGAAGAAGGAGAUUAUGAAGAAGGAGACUAUGGAGAAGGAGAUUAUGAAGAAGGAGAUUAUGAAGAAGGAGAUUAUGAAGAAGGAGAUAAUGGAGAAGGAGAUUAUGAGGAAGGGGAUUAUGAGGAAGGAGAUUACGAAGAUUAUGAAAAAUAG